CUCAGUGGAGGUGGCCAACAGAAAAUUCACUAAGGUACCUAUCGCACCGCGAUCAAGCACACAACAGCCCAAGGGUACCGUGGUCUCCGUCCCUUACACGAUGCACGACACAGCGUGCACUGAACUCUCAGCGCCUCUACUCCCUGCCUUUAGUCCACUUCUGUUUCUAGGUUCUCUUUUGACUUGCAGCAAGCCGACUCAUUGCCAGCCCAGAUCCACUAUUCCAGUCUCAGAACUAUCGCAAAACCAUUUCGAUAAAAGUCAGAUUCCCUUUGCUCAAACCAUGAGCUUACCUUACCUUACCUUACCUAGAACUUAGAAGAAGGGGUACGAAGUACGAAGUGCGCGCAUGAGAGACAAAGGAAAGCAAUAGCGAACGUGUGUUUGAGGCCACAGGAAGCGGUGAAGACGUUGCGUUGCCAUUGACGGCUGAGGUGCAGCUUCGCGGGUCCUCUAGACUCUAGUAUUCUCUGUCUAGUCCUCUCGUGCCAACUUCUGCCUGGCAACCUCGUCAAGCCAACCAGCCAAACAAGCCAACGACCUACUGGCCCGCCGCUAAGGUCAUCAAGGAGAAGAAGAUGGGCCUGGGCUGUGGCCGCCUGACGACGGCCGAGUCUUAGUGCGAACUGGUACGGGUGUUAGAGCUCGCUAGCAUGGAGGAGGGGAGGAGAAGGUGUGGCAGCCAACAUCUCACCUUCACCUCACCUCAGCGACGAUGACCAGGUGCUACCGUA